AUGUGGUGGUUAGAGCAUGAAUGUGCAAAGGGCUUUCAAUGCCAAUUUUGGACUUUCACCUUUACAGCCAAGUACUCUGGGGAGUAUCUCGACACGCCGAUUAUUGACUUUGGUAAAUGCCUUGGGGAAGGCGUACCAGCUGUCAAUUGGAAUUACACUGGUGGGGAGGGCCAUCACGAGAUUACGCAUAAGUCGAAGUUUGCCCUUGCCAGUCUGAUUGGAAAGUCAAGGAAGUGGGAUGCCUUGGCCGCAAAGUAUUACUCGGUACAGGAUGAAAAUGGAAAGGCUAUCACCGAGACUCCCCCUGGAGGUGCCCGCGGCGUUGGCAUCCAGUUCCCCCCGGAUUCAAUCAAUGUCAUCCCCAACGUCAAGGCUUCAGUAAAGGAUAGUGACGCUACAUUCCCGAUUUACGACGGAAAUACCGUGCACACUGCGCUGGUUACACUGGAAUGGAGAUCCAAGAGCCGGCAAAAGAGGGAUGAGUCUGAGAAAGGAGAUAUCAAAGCCCGUCAAGAGGAGGAGCUUUUAUUCGGUGGAUUAAAUCCCGAUGAUAUUGAGCUGAGGAUGUAUAUAUCUUGA